GCAGAGUUACAAGAUAACUCUUAUAUAUGCUUUUAUGAAUAAUAAAGUUUUCAUGAGUCUUCACAACUUUUUUGCAAUAAGUUUAAUGUUCAAGACUUCUGAGGCUGCAAAUAAUGAAACUAUAGCCUACUUGUAAAAUGUUACAAUCAAAUCAGAAUAAUUUACCAUCCUUUAUAAUACCGACAUGAUGAUGAUAACCAAAAAUGUGGGUUCUACUAUUAUUGCUUUUGUCUGAAAUAUAUCUGAAGCCUCCUUUUAUAUACCCCCAUGCAUAGCAUAGCUUGCCCCUAGUCUUUACCCCUAAACCCCUUAAGACAAGUAAAUAUAUAAUAUAAUGUCUGAACUUCAAUCUUCUCUGCAGCUUCCUGUGUUAGACUUAACACAACCGAUUGAGUCCUCUGUUCUGUCUUCUCUCUCUGAAGCUUGUAAAGAGUGGGGAUUCUUCUAUGUCACCAAUCAUGGAAUCUCUAAAGAGAUGUUCAGCAAAAUCUGUUCCUUGUCCAGAGAUGUUUUUAAAGUUCCUCUUGAAUUAAAGCUCAAGCUUGGUCCCUUUUCAUAUACUCCUCGUUAUAUUGCCUCUCCUUAUUUCGAAAGCCUUGUUGUCUCUGGACCUGAUUUCUCCGGUUCUGCCAAAGCUUCUGCAGAUGUUUUGUUCCAAGAUCAUCAUAAACCAGAGUUAAGAGAAAAACUGCAAGAAUACGGAGCUAAAAUGGCGGAAUUGUCCAAAAGACUCAUAAAGAUUCUCUUGAUGAUAACCUUAGGAGACGAAACCGGGAAGAUAUUCUACCAAACUGAGUUUAGCAACUGUCAUGGAUACUUAAGGCUAGUGAACUAUACACCUCCACACGACGUAGAGAAGCAAAAGGAUCUCGUUGAAGGUCUCGGGAUGCACACGGAUAUGAGCUGCAUAACAAUAGUCUAUCAAGAUUCAGUUGGUGGACUUCAAAUGAGAUCUAAGGAAGGGAAAUGGAUCGAUAUAAAUCCGUGUGAGGAUCUCCUUGUCGUUAACAUUGGAGAUCUUAUGCAAGCAUGGAGUAACGGAAGGCUGAGAUCGUCUGAACAUCGAGUUGUAUUGAGAAAGUUGGUGAACAGAGUCUCUCUGGCGUUUUUUCUCUGUUUUGAGGAUGAGAAAGUGAUACUUGCGCCAGAAGAAAUCGUUGGGGAGGGAAAUUGCAGGAGCUACAAGUCUUUUAAGUGUUCGGACUAUCUGAAGUUCAGACAGAGUAAUGAAGUAGGAAAGUUUGAGAAGAUUGGUUACACUGUUACAGACUUUGCUGGACUUACGCUGGCUCAACCAGAUGAUCCUUAGAGACCAAACCGCGUGUUUCGGUUUAUUGUUGCGAGUGUUAACUAGUGGAAUCCAAAGCUACUUUUGGAUUUAGAUUUUUGUAUUAAAAAUGUUUGGAGUCUUUUCUAUUACCAUCUAAAGUAAUGUUUCAGAGGUUUUUCGACAAGUUUAUUCAAAGUGGGAGUACUUGUCAAGCUAAACAUCAUAUGUAUUCAGUUUCAAUUGUGAACAAAGAAGCAUAAGACUGACCCACAAA